AUGUCGCAACAACAAAACAAACAAGUCGUACUCCACGAAAGACCCCAAAGAGGUCCUAUCACAGAUACGACUUUUAAAAUCCAACAAUCAGAAAUUAAACAACCCGGUGAAGGAGAGGUAUUGGUCAAGGUUGAAUAUGUCUCCAUCGAUCCAACCAUGCGAGGAUGGCUCAAUGAUGUCCGAUCUUAUCUCCCGCCCGUGCAAAUUGGCGCAGUAAUGCGAGCUACCUCCCUCGGUAGAGUGGUCAAAUCGAACGAUUCGAACUUCAAAGAAGGUGAUUUGGUAUUUGAUACCUUUGGCUGGCAGGAGUAUUGGACUGGACCUGGUAAAGCCAUUCAAAAGAGAGUUACACCCGAAGGUGGAAGGGAUAUUGAUCAUAUGGGAUUAUAUGGAUUGACCGGAAUGACAGCUUACAUCGGUCUCUUCGAGAUUGGUAAACUCAAGGAUGGUGAUCAUGUAGUCAUCUCAGGCGCGGCAGGUGCAGUAGGCCAAAUCGCGACCCAAAUUGCCGUCGCCCACCCUAAAUGUACCGUAACAGCCAUCGCUGGCUCUCAAGAGAAACUCGACUACCUUAAAAACCUCGGAGCUCAUAAUGUAUUGAAUUACAAGGAUGCAGAUUUCAAAAAGAAGUUCAAGGAGGUCGGUACAAUUGACGUUUACUUUGAUAAUGUCGGUGGUGAAAUCCUGGAUCUCGCUUUGGGUCAACUUAAUCCCUAUGCGAGGAUUAUAGCUUGUGGUGCUAUCUCAGCUUAUAACGCCGAGAAACCUGCACCUAUAUACAACUAUUUCAACCUCGUAUCCAUGAAAUCGACCAUGAGGGGAUUCAUAGUCCUCGACCACGCCGAUAAAUUCCAAGAAGGCGCGAAAUACCUCUCUGACUUGGUGAAGGAAGGAAAGAUGAAGGCUGAUUAUCAUGUCACGUACGGAUUGGAUACUUGCGUGGGGACUUUGAGAGAUAUGUUCGAAGGUAAGAAUUUCGGUAAGACUGUUGUUAGCUUGAAGGAUCAGAAAGAAGAAAGCGAGAAGAGUAAAUUGUAA